GGUCGGGGAGGGACCACCGAGGUGCGCGGCUGGUUGUUCUUGGCAGGUGGAAGCCCGCGCCGUCCUUGGCGAGGGAGCCGCUGCUCGUCCCAGCAAAGUGCGCAAUGACGGGCAGGGCUUCGCUUUGCGCCGCGUCCCCUCCCUUCGAGCGAGCCUGCUGUUUAGGCGGGCGCUGGGGUUGAGGCGCGCUGGGAUUGGCUUCCCCCCUUCCCGACGCCUGACGCUUUCCAUAAGCUCCGCUUCGGGAUUCCUGCUGUUCGGAGUGUGCAGGGAAGCGGAGCCGACAGCAGGCUCUCGUAUGUGUGGGGGGGGGGGGGGAGACGGACUACGAGGUGAGAACUGGGGCGCUGGCAAGCCUGGCACUUGCCGUGCCUGGAACCAGGCGGGAGACAUGGAGGGUUCUGCCCAGUUGACGUUUUUGAAGAUUACCAGCCUUUCCUUUGAUAUCUGUAAUACAUCCAAUGUUAUCCUACCGUGCAUAGUUACUAAUCUAAAAAAGCUCGGCAGAGAGGACAUGUAUAUACAGUGGGAUGUAAAUGGGAAAGAGUUUUUUAGUUUUGAUGGCUACGAGAACAGGUUUUACAAAAACCUUUCAUAUAUGAGUGUAGAUUUUCUGAAUAUAAUGAACUUAACUGAUGGUGAUGCAUCAAUCACGAUACCUCUAAAGAACAUCAUUCCUGGAAACUACACGUGUCAGGUAGUAGAAAGUAACAGAGAAGGAGAAAUGAUAAUCGACGUUCGAUAUGGUUCAUCAUUUUGGUUUCAACCAGUGGAAAGUUCCUUAAUCAUUGGUGCAGUCAUAAUGUUGGCAGCUCUGUUUUUGCUACAGGUUGGCUAUGUUGCUAUGAAGUUUGAGAUGAGUCUUAUUAAGAAGAUCAGCUUUGGUGUUGCAGUACUAAUACUCAUGAUUUUUGUUGUGCCUGGUGCUUCUCUUUUGGUCAAAGAGGGCUAUACAAUACCAGUUCAAUUUGGUCUUGGCUUAGUUGUACUCCCUACUAUCAUUUUGGUGCCUCCGCUCUUCUUUGUGUUUCAAUCAGUUUUCGAGAAGCCACCGGUCUUUGAAAUUAUUCUGAUAGUUCUGAAAACACUUGGAUAUAUAAUUGCUGUGGCAGGUAUUGGGGUAUGUUUGCCAGAAUGCCCACCAAAACAAGCUUCUGUUGUGAUUGCAGGCUUAGGAAUUAUGGAUCUUGUAGCAGUAAUUGCUUUCAUUUAUAUGGUUGUUAUUGGUACCAGAUUCAAAGAUCAUCAGCCUCCAAAGGCCUGCAUUUUUCUUGACUCUGGUGUAUACCAAUGGAACUGGGAUAUAUAGAUAUAGAUAUAUAUCCUGAAAGCACACUUGAAAGGUAAAGUGAAAUGGCAGGUGCUUCUAAUAUUUCUUCAUCUGUCAGACCUCAGCUCUUGCUUGAAGUUUUAUUUCUCCCCCUCUGGCACUAGGAGAAAUUGAUAGUCAUACAGCUACUGUUAAAAGCAGGAGAUCCAUUCCUUUUUCCUGCAAAUUGUAAAAUCCGUCUGUGCAGGCCGGCCUUUGAUCUACCAUGUAAGCUGCCUGGGUUGCACUUCACACCAUUCUGGAUAUGUCAGGUUGCAAAUAAGACACCUGCCCUAUGCCCUAACAUUUAUGCCAAUGGGUAAAAGAUCAAGAAUGUACCUUAAGCUCCCACACGUCCUUCCCCCCCCCCCCCGUCCCAUUCGGCCCUAAUUACACUUCUUUUACAAUGGAAGUUUUCAAACUGGCUGCAAGGCAAUCAUGUUAACCAUGGUUUGUUUAUUGAUUUCUAAUUUAAAAAAUGUACAGGCAUUCCCUCCCCUCCUUAUGCGUGUCCUACUCAUGCACGGCCACUUUUACAUGAGUUGCUGUGAAAUAAAGAAAUAAAAUGAUUGAAAUGGCACAUCUUCCCUCUCUUGGAGCUGCUGCCUGCAAGUUUCUCAGGUGCUACUGCCCAGCCUGUCCCAAGCCUUUCCUCGCUCCAGGCCCUGCCCAGGUCAUCUUCCCUCGCUUGGUACUGCUGCCUGGAAGUCACUCUCAGCCGCUGGCUCACUGCGAUGGGAGGGAUUGGAGGGAAGGCUCGGAGCAGCAGCCCCAAGCAAGAGAAGGCACACUGGGCAGUGGCCGCAAGCAACUUCCAGGCAGCAGUUCCAGAAGUGCACACAGGUCUCUCCCUCCCCACCCCAUGUGUCCUCCCUAUUAAAGUUGGGUGCUCCUCACUUUAUGCGAUUUCAGUUAUGUGCACGGUGGCCCGGACAUAACACCCCACAUAAGUGGUGGGAUGUCUGCAUACACAAUCCUUUGGUUAAAAUCAUUUGAGGUUCAUAACUCUCAAUAAAAGGGACACAGGUGGUGCUGUGGGUUAAACCACAGAGCCUAGGGCUUGCCGAUCAGAAGGUCGGUGGUUCGAAUCCCCGCAACGGGGUGAGCUCCCGUUGCUCGGUCCCAGCUCCUACCAACCUAGCAGUUUGAAAGCACAUCAAAGUGCAAGUAGAUAAAUAGGUACCGCUCCGGCGGGAAGGUAAACGGCAUUUCCGUGUGCUGCUCUGGUUCGCCAGAAGUGGUUUACUCAUGCUGGCCAGUUGACCUGGAAGCUGUAUGCCGGCUCCCUCGGCCAAUAAUGUGAGAUGAGCGCCACAACCCCAGAGUCGGUCACGACUGGACCUAAUGGUCAGGGGUCCCUUUACCUUUACCUUUAACUCUCAAUAAAAAACAGUAAUAACAAACCCCAUAAACAAAUAAAAUGCAUUGGUAAAUGCAACCUUUAAUAUAGCCAACAGAGAGAAAAACAUGUAUGCAGUGAGUAGUGACAAUCCUUGCCUUAAUUUUUCCUUGUAUCCACUCCAGAUAAUACACUUUGACUACAUUGAUUGGUCUUUUAUCAACUUCUUGCCAAAUUUAGUACGCCUCAUUGUAUAUUUCAAGUUUUCCUGAAACCCUGGGGUUCUUUUUUCUUCUUCAUACCAGGCAAAAAUUAUUAGUAAUUUUUUUGCCAGUUAAUGGUUAUUUCAGAAGAUACUGACAGUGGUAGAUUCAAAAAAUAAAAACUCUUUGAGACUACUGUAAUUUCUGGGGCAAACCUUUUCCUCAUGCAAAAUACGUUUAAACAUCAUGCAUGAGUUUUUCAAGAUUAACUUUAGUUAGCUUUUCCAGACUUUGCAUAAAUACUUAAUAGGGAUGUGUCUCCAUUCAAUCAGAUAUUUUGUUAAUUUUUUGUUUGUUGUCUUAUCUAAGUUAAAACAAUCCAUUCAGUUUGUAAAAUUAAUUUUGUAACAGAAAUUACAUUAAAUUCCUUAAUUGGGUUCAGUAGCUUUUCAAAAGAGUUAUUUGAAUAAUAUAUAAAUAAUGCCACAGCAUCUGCUUAUAAAUUAAUUUUAAUAUCCUACUGUCCCACCUUAAUGCUUCUUACUGCUUGCUUAGACCUUGAUGCUUUGGCUCAAGGCUCAAUAGUUAGGGGAAAAUGAAUUUAAAAAUAGAUAGGGUAAACAGUAAUAGAGAUAUGGGAUAACUUUGAACAUACACCACUAACUGAGGCAGAAGUAUAUGAGUUAGUAUAUAUCUUCAAAAUUCCUGUAGAAAAUUUCCCUUCCAGAUCAGCAUUUUCCAGAAUCGGGUAUAAAUAGCUCUAUUCUAAAUAGUCAAAAGCUUUUUCCACAUCAAAAAAUAUAACCCUCUAUGGUUUUUAGACUUAGUAUGAAUUAUAUUCAAAAAAUUCUUUAUGUUCAUUUCUAAUUUAUGUUUUUCUUAAAUAAAACUUAACUGAUCUUCUGCAGUAUACUUCGCAAUGAUGGUGUUGCCCAGAUUUUAAACUCUUGUUUUAUAAAAGGGUUAUGGGUUGGUAAGAUAUGACUCCAGAAGCAUUUUUAUCCUUUCUUAAAAAUUACCACCAGUUUGGCUUCUUCCUAUUUUUUGGAAAGGUUUGUUGUUCUUGCACAGGGCUGGCUCUAGGUAGAGUCCCGGUGGCGCGGGGCGCGGGGCCAGUAGGCGAGGCACUGCGCAGCGAAGCCCCGUGGAAGCCAUGCUGCACCCUGCGAGGGCGGGGUGCCGGAGCGAUCUCCGCCCCUCAGUGCCAGGGCGCCCGACCUGCUCGAGACUGCCCUGUUCUUGCAUGUCUGCCUUUAAUGCCUCCAUAAGAAGAUAUGACAAUGCAUUUUUAAAAAAUAUUAUGAUAUUUAGUAGCAAAACUAUCUGCUCCUGUUUUAUCGUUAUUUUAAUUCAACAACAGCUGUAUAGAGCUCUGUAACUGUAACUGGCCUUUGAGGAUUUUCAAUAUCUGUUUUUGUUAAACAGGACUGUUUAAUGUUUUUUAAAUAAUAACUUAUUUUCUUUCAAGAAUCUGAGGGUUACAGUUUCUCAUAACAUUUUCUUAAUUCAUAUGCAGUGUCCUUUGGCUUUGUAUCAGCCUUGUCCCUGUUCUUCAAUUGCUGAACCAUGUUAUUGGAUUAUUUUACAUACAUAGAUGAAAGUAAUCUGUUUGGCUGGUAGCCUUCUUGGGGAAAAAAUGCCUUUAAAAUGUUUUGGGUGCAAUUAAUUAGGCCGACUUGCUUCCUUGGGACUUCUAACUUGCCUAAUUUUGUCUCAAACAAAGGCAUAUUCUCCCGCCCCUAAUUGUUGAAUUGGAUAAGAUCCUUCAAAUCCCUUCCCCUUUUGUCAUUAAAUAGGCCACACUGUCUUAUCAAGACCCUCGUCACUGAUUUUGAGGCCUUCCAACCAGUGGCUAUAGUAGUCUCAGAAGAAUUAUUAAUUCAGAAAUAUUUCUGCAUCUUAGCAGUCACAAUCUGAUAUUGUCAUAAUAAAUUCUUGACUUGCCAACAGCUAUUUCCUGAUUGGGUCUUAUCGCAUGUCUGCUCUGUUGUAAUGAGAGCAUAUCUUCAUAUGUGUAAGUUCAUGGGUACAGAUGAUCAGAAGAAGUUGAGAAUGGAAGGAUGAGCAGACAUCACACAGUUGUAUAAAUAGUGGGAGAAGGAAUGCUUAAUGUUCACAAGCCUUGGAAAGAAAAGCCUGGGGUCUCAUAAAACACCCUCUUCGCUCCAGUAGGCUCCAAAUGGAGGGUUAAGUGUACACUCAUCAUUGCACUGGGAUCUACACUCCAUGCAUUCUUUCUCUCUUGUCCAAAUCAGCUCCUCUGGGAGCUAAGGGGUUAGCAAUCUUGUAGUUUUGGGGAGGAGGGAUGAGGCUAUGAGCCAACCUGUGGGACACAUUUUAUCUCUGCUCUUGACUACAUGUUGUCAUUACUGGCCCUAGAGCUAACAACCUGCCAUUAACCUAAUUAAUGUUCUGCUGUUUCUUGUAUUUGUUUUGUAGAAUCAUUAUUUAUUGUAUAUGUCAAUUAGAGUCAUUUAAUUUGGGAGAUCCAGGCUAGACAUGAAGACAUUUAUAUUUAUUUAUAUACACAUAUACAUAUAUAUUUUAAAUAUU